AUGGGCUCUGCCUCUCCCCUACCAUUGGCGCUCCCCAACAUCGUGAAGGCGCCAGACGGAAGUUUCGGCCCGAGUCUUUCUGGCUUCCCUCUCAGCGCCAACGCCACAAUUCAAGAGUUGGCGACGUUUGUCGAUGCUCUUGCACUCAAAGUCUAUCCUAAAGGCUAUUGGCAGCUCACAUGGGCGCUCAAUACAGUCAACUUGGUAACGUUUUUCACAGUGACACUCGCAUUGCGUGCGUAUCGUUCAAGGAACAACUCAGUCCCCUUUUGGCUGUUCAAGUUGGAGCAACGUUCUUAUCCGGUCCAUCAGGUUCAUCGUGUCAAGCGGCGGCUCAAAGCAUUCGAGAAUCUCGUCUCGAGCACAGCCCGAGCAUCAACGCCAUCAUGCAACCUUGAGGGAAAAUGCUUCGAAAACAACCAUUCAGGGACGGGCGAGAUGGUCGGAAAGAAGAGUGAAGCGCGAAUGGGCUGGUUCAUCACGGCUUCCUGCGUGAAUUGUCAUCUGAUCCUGACGAGCGCCUAUGUGAUCCUGCUCUUCAUCCAGACCAUCCAGAGCUACGUGAUUCGCAGCUCGAAUACAUCACCGGCGCUUCUCGAGCCAGGUGUGCUGGACUGUAUCAAAAUGCUAUUUAUCUUCUCGACCGCCUUCUUUGCAGCGCUCGGUUACAUUGCGCUCUUGCUUCCAUUCGUACCGCCUUGGCUUUGGAACUGCUCGGUUUUUUGCCUCUACGCCUCGGCUACUACGAUCGGUCUUGCUUCUGGGUGCAAGGCAGCAUUGAGUGCAAGCAAACUCAAUGCUUACCGUACCUACAUGUAUAAAGCCAUCCCAUACAUCUCGAGACUAGAUGCGGCUACCGGUGACGGCUUUUCGGCUGUUGAUCCAGCUACACCCACUACAUGGAGGAUGGUGCUAUUUGCUAUUGCCAUCCAGGCUUAUGCCGAGUCACUCGACCAAAGAAAAUGGCAAAUCAUCUACGUAGGCCUGAUCGCAGUAGGUGGAUUCACCCUCGGCGUGGUCUACCUGUGUAUACUGGUGCUGCUCGUCAGAGUUGUUGCCAAGGAGCUCGUUCAGCUUCGCAGCUCGCCUUCUUCACUUUCUACGAAGCAGGCUGAUGGACUUGUUCGACCAGACACGGCAGUGUUAGCGUCAACUGCACCGCAUUCGCCCUUGCCAGGCCCAGCAACACAGGUCCUCGAAGUGGCUUUCGGUGCUUCGCCGCCUCGCAAGGAUCGGUUCAGCUUUCAAACGCGUUCAGCACCAAGGUCACCACCCUCGACUCCGGCACCCAGUGGACCACUUCCAUCACCACCAGCUGAGGCUGCAGGCACAUUGUUGCGGUCUUCACCAUCGCAAGAUGUCGCCUAUGCCGAACGGGUUUUGCACGGUAGGAUUUCGCCGACCCCGAGCUCGAUACACUCUUACAGCCACAGCACGGAAGUUGGUAUCGCUAGCGCACAUGAAAAAGCCAGUCUGCAAGAUCGAGCCAACUCAUCGAUCAGAAGUCCGGCUCAGUGCAACAAGGAGUUUAUGCGGGAGCAGCACCACUCUGUACAGAUCGAGACACACUACGAGCGCGCGGUUUCGCCGACGGAAUCGGAGACUGCGGUGCAGCUCGAGCUGAGACCGAGACUGGCAGUGGACCCCGAAUUCGCGUCUUGGGACCUCACCACGCUGCACGCGGAUAUGGCUACGCAUGACGGAUACGUGGCUGUCUGUCGCUUCCUCUUCAACUGCAUCGUCGAUCACGCCGCGGUGAUGCUGCAAUGCUUCGCGUUUGCUUGCCACUCUGCAUACAUGGCCGUUCUUUUCAGUAAAGACUAUCCAGGCAAUGCGCACAAAACCAGCUCGGCGGUCGGUGUCACUACGAUGGCAGCCGCAUCUCUUUUCACUGUGCUGUACGUGCUCAACUGCCUGAACUUGUUCGCGCCAUUCCUGCUGUUUCCAGCUUCGCAGGUCAAGCUCGCAUCCAUGCUUGCCUCACUGUCCUUGAACACUUCGCGUCUAGAUAGGCGCAACGACGAUGCGGUGUCUUGGAGCAGACCACAGCGCCGCGCAAGAAAGGUGGCGUCGAAAGAGGCGCACUCGCACUCGCACUCGCACGAUCACCGAUCGAGUCAUGGUCGGCUGAAUGCCUUGCGACUGCAGCCUAAAGACUCGCGCACAAGCCUCAUUACGUCUGUCAAUAAGCAGAGCAGCGAGACAUACACAUCGGCCUCUCAAGGCGUCCACCCUUACAGUGCUCGUUGGGAUCCAGCUGGUUACAGCGCUGGCACUAGUGUUAUGCCAGGCUCGCUCGCAUGUUCUGAAGCACACUCUUCGUGCGACGCACAGUAUCCGCCAAGCGUGUCGAAAGACGGGUCGAAUUCGUACAGUCAGAUGAGCGCGUGCGAUAGCUCGUCAGAGACGGCAGCAGAAGCAUCGGCGGGUGUCGGUGGCGAUGGCAGCGGCAGUGGGAUUGGCGCACGUGUUGCAGCUUCAGUCAAGUCGAUGGGUAAGCUGGGCGUCGCGUCUGGUGGCACGGAUGCUCGCACCUGGAAGCGGUGCAACCAAUUCAGCACGCCGGCGCAACACUUUGCGUUGCAGAGUGACACUCACACAUCUCGGAACGAGUCUGCGACUCAUGGAUCAGCAUGGACCGCGAAAUGCGUGUCGCGCGUGUUUUCGCGGUUCUCGACUCACUCACACACGCAGCGACGCGCGCAUGUGGCCAACGACGACAUGCGCGCUGGCUCCUUGUGGACGCGAGACAGAUCGCAAGCUGGCUCGCUUGCGCCAAGCAGCACUACAGCGUAUGCGCCGUCGACCGAGUCGAGUAGCGCGUUGCGACCAAUGCCAAAGGCGUCUCAGCUCGUGCUGGAUUCGCUGAUUUCAUCGCGCGCGUUGCCGAUUGGCGGCUUCUACUGCCACGCCAACUGUGUGGUGGACUCAGCGACAGCUCUGCGGAUGCAGCGUUGCAACGAGCCGGCUGAGUCGGCGCGCACGUUCACGGACGCGUAUGCGCUCGCCGAGCGCCUCGAAACGCGAUCUGACGAGCGAGACCGUUUGCCAACACAGUCGAUGCGCCACGAACACUGCGAAGCCGAGGAGCGGCUUCGAGCCGACCAAGCUGCUGGCGAUUGUGCUCGUAGCUAUGCGGAGCCAGUUGGUUGGCGAAGACCGAGCCACGUGCGUACGCAACUGCAACGUCCAUCACAGUCCACGAUGGCGUGCGGCGUUUCGACGCGUCCAGAUCGCAGCAGCACGCACGAUCUUAUAUUAUAA